CUCCCGCCCAAAAUUCUUUGGCUCGCCCACCGAACCUCCGCCGUAUCUUUUAUCCUCACUUGUCUUCCAGAGCAUCAUUAGGAAGAUCUUAGACUCAUUAUGUCGGAACCUAAUGCAGUUAAGGAGGUUGAGGCCUCCAUGGCCAACCUCCUUCUUGAUGAAGUCACCGGCGAGAAGGUUUCCAAGUCCGAAUUGAAGCGCCGCCAGAAGCUCCGCGAGAAGGAAGCUAAGAAGAAGGAGAAGGAGGCUGCUGCCCCUCCCAAGGCCGAGAAGAAGACUUCGGCCGAGGAUGAGGAGGCUAACCUGACUCCCAACCAAUACUUCGAAAUCCGAAGCAAGAGAAUCAACAAGCUGCGCGAGACCAAGCAACCCGACCCCUACCCUCACAAGUUCCAAGUCACGGAUGACCUCCGCAAGUUCCUCCAGGAGUACGAUGGUCUUGCCAAGGGUGAACAGAAGCCCGACACCACCGUCCGCAUUGCCGGUAGAAUUUACACCAAGCGUUCGUCGGGUGCCAAGUUGAUCUUCUACGAUAUCCGCGCUGAGGGUGUCAAGGUACAGGUUGUGUGCCAGGCCCAGAACGCUUCCGGUAGUGUCUCCUUCGAGGCUCAGCAUGAGCAUCUCCGGAGAGGUGAUAUCGUCGGUAUCGUCGGUUUUCCUGGCCGCAGUAAUCCCAAGAACCGCCCCGACGGUGAGCUGUCCAUUUUCGCUUCCGAAGUCGUGCUUCUGGCCCCUUGUCUGCACGCUAUUCCCUCCGAGCACUAUGGUUUCCAGGAUAAGGAGCAGCGCUUCCGUCAGCGUUACCUUGACUUGAUUAUGAACGACCGUUCGCGCAACGUUUUUGUUACCCGCGCUAAGAUGGUUUCCUAUAUCCGCAACUUCUUCGACACCCGCGACUUUGUCGAGGUCGAAACCCCCAUGAUGAAUGCCAUCGCCGGUGGUGCUACCGCCAAGCCCUUCGUUACUCACCACAACGAUCUCGACAUGAAUCUGUUCAUGCGUGUGGCUCCUGAGCUUUACCUGAAGAUGCUCAUUGUCGGAGGUCUCGAGCGUGUGUACGAAAUGGGUCGUCAGUUCCGUAACGAAGGCAUUGACCUCACCCACAACCCCGAAUUCACGACCUGCGAGUUCUACUGGGCUUACGCCGAUGUUUACGAUGUCAUGAACCUGACAGAAGAGCUGGUCUCUGGCCUUGUCAAACACGUCACCGGUGGUUAUGAAACCACUUUCCAUACCCAGUCUGGCGAGGAAUACCAUGUCAACUGGAAGGCCCCCUGGCGCCGCGUGGAGAUGAUCCCCGCCCUCGAGGAGGCCACUGGCGAGAAGUUCCCCUCGGGUGACCAGCUGCACACCGCGGAGGCUGGUGAGUUCCUCAAGAAGGUGUUGGCUAAGACUGGCGUCGAGUGCUCACCCCCCUUGACCAACGCCCGUAUGCUCGACAAGCUCGUUGGUGAGUUCAUCGAGGAGACUUGCGUCAACCCCACCUUCAUCACUGGCCACCCCCAGAUGAUGUCCCCUCUUGCCAAGUACCACCGCCAGAACGUAGGUCUCUGCGAGCGUUUCGAGGCCUUCGUCUGCAAGAAGGAGAUCGUUAACGCCUACACUGAGUUGAACGACCCCUUCGAUCAGCGUCUCCGUUUCGAGGAGCAGGCCCGCCAGAAGGACCAGGGUGAUGACGAGGCUCAGCUCAUUGACGAGAACUUCUGUACCAGCUUGGAAUACGGUCUGCCCCCCACUGGUGGUUGGGGUAUGGGUAUUGACCGUCUGGUCAUGUUCCUCACCGACAACUACAGCAUCAAGGAGGUCCUUGCCUUCCCCUUCAUGAAGGAGGACAAGACCGCGGCGGAGACCAAGACCGCCGCCGAGGUGGUUGGUAUUGAGCCCCAGUCUGAGGAAGGAAUUCCCCACAAAUAAACUUAUGAAGUAACUCCACGGGAUGAUGGUUUAUUGACGACUUAUUGUGCUGCAUGUUUAAUUCGAUGUCAAUGAAGGGAUGCAUAAGAUGAAGAUAAAACAUUAUGCCGAGACAGAUCAUACAUCUAGCUUUGACUGCAUUCAGAAUCAAAAAUAGGGUAUGAUAAAGUCGAAUGUUUAAAUCUUGUAGAUUCCCGGUGACGUAGGCUGAAAUAGAUUUAGUAACUUUAUUAAGGACCAACUACCUUGAUAUACAC